UCAUCUCUCAGUAGUCUGCCAACCACAGUCGUGUACACGCGUGCGCCACGAAAACCCAUCCGCGAUAAAACGCGCCAAAUAACUUACGGAGAAAAUACUUGACGCGAAAACAGCGUGGCUUAAAAUAAUGUGAGCCUAAUUUAAAUGAUAAAUUAAACAACAAAUAUACUGUACAAAAAUAUAUUGACAUUAACUUUAAAUUGAUUUUAAACUGAAUAUUCAAGGCGGUGAUAUUUUGGUACCAGGGCAAACUGCCAGAUUGUCUUUAUAGUAUCAACAGCACAAUGCAUUUUACUAACAUCACGUAAAUAAUACAAAUUAGACAUUUAUCGAGUUUACAUUUAGAAACUUGUUAAUGAAGGUGUGUUUAGCGGCGCGUGUAAUAAAAUAGCCUAUAUUUAGACGAAUGUAGAGCACAAAAUACAGAAAAAAUCAUAAAAAGCGGAGAACAGCCGGUUAAUUAUGAUAAUGUCAAUAUUAUGCAAUUAAUUGGUACGAAGCACGCCCGACUGGUUUGGAUCACGGAUUUUGACGCUCAGUGAGACUAUAGUGCGAUAAGAUGGAGAUGUCCUCGUCUGACCAGCUUGAGUCAGCUGGUGCUGACGCUACCAGCCCUGGCAGGAGAGCGGCUGUUCCUAAGAUCCCUUUGGCUCUGAAGCUGUGGAGCCUAUUACAGCCGCUGGCAAGAUUGUGGGGAUUGAUCACAGCUGUUGUGAUGAGUGGCGCCGGUUCCGAACUCGUGGUGCUUGGGCGAGGGGCAUCAGGGCCGGGCUUGCUCGUCGGAUCAGCCUGUGUUCUCAUACUGGAGACGAUGUGGGUCGCGGCGCUGUUCGUGGACGUGCUGUGCCGCCGCGGGGAGUACACGCUGCCGCUGCGGUGCUGGGACUUCACGCGCUGGUCGUGCGGCCGCGCGCGCGCUCCUGCAUACGCGUGCGCCGCUACAGCGCUGCUGUUCGCUGACCUCACGCUGCUGGCUACUAUAUCAGGUGGCAUGUUGUUGGUAUUAGCGGCGCUCCGAGCUGCAAUACCCUUCUCGCCUAACGCGACGCAUGGGCCGCACUCACCCCGGGCCGGUAGCUCUCUACUCAGUCAGCUGGACUCGCCGUUGCCUGAUGUGUUCUACUCGCAGGCUGUAAAGGAAAGGUGUGAAGAGAUGACCGUGUUGGAUCUAAAGGUGCCCGAUAGGCCCCGCUCGCCUUCGCCUAAGCCCCCCCUUCUAGAGCUAUGACUCAAUUCUCUUAAAUCGUUACUUUGAAUUUAUGCUUUUUUCAUUGCCGUCUCAGUCUCACGCAAUUAUUUGUCUUCAUAAAUAGUAUAUGAGUCAUAAAUGGUCUACAUAUACAAAAAUGAAAAUAUUUCUACUGCAUAUUAUUGACAUUGGGAACAGAAUAAACGGUAGCAAUAAACUGUUAUGACUCAAACGUAGGAUUUUGGCAUAAGAUUCAAUUUGUCUAAAUGUAUAAGUUUAGAUGGAAAGGUAGGUAGUAAAGCUAUGGUAAUAAGAAUCUAGAAAUACUUAAUUAGGUAUUUAUUAUUACUCUACAACCUACCGAGCAACUGUGAUAGCCUAGAAUAAUAUUAACUUAAUAUCACUUAAAAUGUUACAACGGCGUAAGGUUACAAUGGACUUUUGUACUAAGUUUAUAAAACUUUGAAACACA